AUGACCCAUGUGUUUCUAUUUUUUCUUUUUGGAGCCUUAGCUCUCUCUGGCUCAGAAGGUGCUGGCAACUCCACAGGCAAGCAUCGCAAUGCUCGGUUCUUGUUUGACUUUUUUGACAAACUUAAGCCUGAACAUAACAUAAUUCCUAACCCGUCUCAACAAGACUCAUCUGCAAAGCAGGUCUGUCGAAGUCGAUGCCAGAAAGGCUGGAUUCGUUACGAAGGCUACUGUUACAUGUUUAUUCAAGAGAGAAUGACAUGGCUGGAAGCUGAGAAAACAUGUUCGGCUAUAAGUGCAGGAGGUCACCUAACCAGCAUCACCAGCGCAGAACAGAAUGAAUUCCUUUGUAAGCUUUCUCAGGGACAACAGAAUACCCAGUUCUGGACAGGGGGAACUUACCAAAAGGGUUCAUUGUUGAGAUGGAGUGAUGGAUCUCUAAUAACCUUUGUCCAGAGGCCUCUGUCAUCUAUUUUCCAUGCCAUUGGAGGAGUAAUUAACAACCUGUUUAACAUAAAACUUUGCCUGAUGGUCAACAUUGGAGGAGGGGCUCAAUGGAACAGCUCCCCUUGCAGCCAGAGGCUGCCAUUCAUCUGCAUUUACAGACCAAGCCUUGUCCACCCUUAA